CUCUCUCUCUCUCUCUCUCUCUCAAUCUUUAAUAGUGUCGCGUAAAAAUAUACGUAUAUAUAUUCAAAGGACUUUCCAGUAGUCAAGCCAUUGAUGUGAGUUGGCUGUUUGUGAUCUAGCUUGACGGUAUCUGAUAUCGAAUAUUAUUUUUUACUCAAAAUGAUGACAUCCGAAGAAAAAGCAGAAAAUUUGUUAGAGGAGAAAAUUAAGGAAGAUACAGCUAUUUUGGAAAUAAGUACAGUGGAAAUGGGUGGAGUUGUGAAGCAAGAAAGUCGCGAUGGCGAUUUUUUCUCUAAUUGUAGUACUUCGAUGGAAGACUCUGUGAUUGCAUCUCCAUCUGUUGAUAGCUUUUCUACAAUACCAGAACAAGAUAUAUCUGAUUUUCAAAUGGACUUAAAAGAUUUAAAAGUAAAAGUAGAUAAUCCACAAAAGCAUCUAGAAACGUUGGAAACUUACAUUACAUUUCGUAUAACCACUAGAGUCACACGCCCAGAAUAUGAAAAUGGAGAGUAUAUAGUCUGUAGGCGUUAUAAUGAUUUCAUUUGGUUACGUCAAAAAUUAGUGGAUUCUUAUCCUACACAUAUUAUACCUCCAUUACCAGGAAAACAUACAUUAUUGGCUCAAUUAGAUCGUUAUUCCAAAGAAUUUAUUAUAGCACGUAUGAAAUUAUUACAAAUAUUCUUAAAUAGGGUUAUUAAUCAUCCUAUUCUUAGUUAUGACAAAAACUUACAAAUUUUUUUGACUACUAAACCCGCAGAAUUUCUUAUUCAUCGUAAAAGUCGAGGAAAUAUGCUUGUUAAAAUGACAGAUUCGUUGCAGAAUAUUACUAGUGUAAAUAUUAUGAAACAGCAUUUACCUGAGUUUGAACAAGUUCGUGAUUAUUGUACAUCACUAAGCCAAAAAUUAUCUACUAUAGAUAGAAUUCACCAUCGUAUACACAAGGAAAGGCAAGAUUAUCUGCUUGAAUUGCGUCAGUUACAUCCAAUAUUUACUUUAUGGGCUACUUCAGAACCAGAACUAGCUCCUAUUCUAUUAGCAAUUGCUAAAGCCAUAGAGUGCAUUGCCAUGGCUCAAAGAAAACUUGUAGAGAAUUUACCCAAUGCAGAACGUGAAUAUGUAACAUAUAUAGAUGCAGUUAAAAAUGCUUUAAGCAGAAGAGAUUCUAUGCAAAUUGAAUAUGAAAUAAUUAUUGAUGAAAUAGCAAAAAGAAGAGUUGAGAAAGAUCAGUUACUGAAUAUUGCAAGUGGCAUAUCCACGACACAAAGUUGGAGUGGAUCACUUUGGAAAGCAGAAACUCGUGAUGAAAAAUUGGAAAAAUUAGGACAAGUGAUUCCACGUUUAGAAAAACAAGUGGAGUUGCUUCAAGAUCGUGUUGGUUGCGCUAAUGAAAAUUUGCGUAGUGAUAUUCAAAGGUGGAAUACUGAAAAACAAGCAGAUUUGAAAACUAUGUUAAUCACAAUGGCAGACAAUCAAAUACAGCAUUAUCAACAGUGCAUGAAUGCAUGGGAGGAAGUUCUUGUUGCUCUUAAACUCGAUGGAAUAGGUUCAGAUAUCACUGUAGGAGUACCUAUUAAAAUACCUGUAUAAAUGCAUGAUUAAUCAUAUAUUGUCAUUUCAAGUAUUAAAAAAUGUCUAUAAAUAUUAAAAUAAGAA